AGAAAAAGUGAUUCACAGAGUGAUAGAUCUUGGCGAAAGAAUCAUCACUACAGAGUGUGUUUACAUUACUGAAUGUUUCCAACGCGAAUGUCGGCAUUUUAGACGGCAGGUUGCAGCCCCCAUCGUGUAAAGCAUUUCCCUACACAACAAGCCGAUACUAGGCCUGCACUACUGAGGUACUCUUCGGGCCAGGCUAAACAGCUUCUUCUCCGGAAGGAUGUGGCAAUUGAGAAUCACUGUCGACUAGUAAUAAAGCUCUCUGCAUACUCUCCCCCUACCAUCGGAUGGACCACCACAUGUGAUUAAAAGAAGGAGACUUUCCCCGUGUGGUUUUAUUCCCACGCGGCACGGGACACCGAGCACAACGUGAAACUGAUUUUUCUGAGCGUAGCUUGAGUGACUCCACUCAUGGGGGAAUAUUGUUCACAACACGGCAGCAAUCUUGGUCGUCGUGGAAGGACAAGGUUGAUAGCAGACAUGGGUCUGUCGUCUUGUGUUGUCUUCGUGUUUCUGGCAGUUUUUACCGCCGUGGUUUCUUGCAAGGAUCCCCUUGCCGGUAGAGAAAACGUCUGUUCUUACAUUUCUCGAGUUGGUACAUUGAAUGUUACACGGCAAAGAUGCUGCACAGGAUGGCGACAGAAAGGUCCGGAAUGCAGCAAACCUUGCGUAAAGAAUUCCUGGGGACAGGACUGUCUGCAGACGUGCCAAUGCCAACAUGCCGGGAAAUGCAACAAAGUAAACGGCAGCUGCUCGUGUACACGUGGCUGGACAGGACCCAAUUGCAGCCGACAGUGCAGCGAGACUACCUUCGGGCCAAACUGCGGCCAGCAGUGCCUCUGCCAAAAUGGCGCCCUCUGUAACCGCUUUUCCGGAGUGUGCGUCUGUACGCCUGGCUACGUCGGGGAGACGUGCUCGCAACUGUGCCCAGAUGGAUUCUACGGUGCAAGAUGUCGUCAAAUAUGUGAUUGCCAAAAUGGAGGAAUAUGCAGCAAAGUGGACGGCACUUGUUCGUGUACGCGAGGGUGGACGGGAAACUAUUGCCAGACCCAGUGCGUGGAAGGCUCGUAUGGGGAAGGAUGCCUUGAGAAAUGCCGAUGUGAGAGAGGCACCUGCGACCCGGUGAAUGGGACUUGCAGUUGCCCACCAGGAUGGCAAGGGGACACCUGUUCCGAAAUGUGCCCUUGGGGCUUCUUCGGGAACGGAUGUGUGAACGAGUGCGAGUGUGCCCACGGUGAGGGGUGCAGUCCAUCCGAGGGAAGCUGCUACUGUGGUGCUGGGUGGCUUGGAAUGCACUGUGAGGUGAAAUGCUCCAAGGGACGGUACGGCAGUGGCUGCAAGAAGCAAUGUCAAUGUAAGAACGGUGCACCAUGUGACCAUAUUACCGGACAGUGCGCGUGCACCGCUGGUUGGAUGGGUGAGCUGUGUGACGUGCCGUGCAGCAACGGAACCUACGGGGAGAGUUGUUUGAGUGUUUGUGAGUGCGACAACGGAGCCCCCUGCGAGCAUGUUACUGGAGCGUGUUUCUGCGGUCCAGGUUGGGCCGGCAGGGGCUGUGAUUUGCCCUGUGAGGAAGGGUUCUACGGACAAGGGUGUUCGCAGGUCUGCCUGUGUGAGAAUGGAGCGAUAUGCAACCAUGUGACAGGAAGCUGUAAGUGCACCCAUGGAUGGCAGGGAGUUUUCUGCAAUUUAACAUGUGAUUCUGGACUUUUUGGCCCGAGCUGUAUGAUGCAAUGUAUGUGUCAAAAUGGUGGUGCUUGUAACUCGGUCGAUGGGGCAUGCACGUGCCCGGCAGGCUGGAUGGGCGAGACAUGUGAGGAAAGAUGCCCUUCUGGUUUUUACGGCGUCGAGUGCCAGAUGAAGUGCAGAUGUCUUAACAAUGCAGCCUGUGAUGCAGUCGACGGUGUCUGUACUUGUUCGACGGGGUGGGUUGGGGUGUUGUGUGAGUCCCCUUGUAAUGCUGGGUCCUAUGGAGCUAAUUGUAGCGAGGAGUGUUUGUGCCAACACGAUGCUCAAUGUAACCAUGUUAACGGAAACUGCACCUGCCAAGCGGGUUGGGUGGGGGAGUUUUGUGAGUCCAUGUGCAGCGAAGGGUCUUAUGGAGUAAACUGUGAGCUGUCUUGCCAGUGUUUGAACGGCGCCACUUGUGAUUCUUUCAAUGGGAAGUGUUUCUGUCCUCCAGGGUGGAGGGGUUCUAAUUGUGAGCUUCCCUGCUCGGAUGGUCUCCACGGUGUGAACUGUAUCCAGGAGUGUCUGUGCCAGAACGGCGCCCUGUGUGACCCUCAGACGGGAAGCUGCACCUGUGGUAUCGGAUGGAGAGGUCUAGUUUGCGAUCGGCCUUGUGCGGAAGGUACUUAUGGCCUGAACUGCGAGCAGGCCUGUUUCUGUGAAAACGGAGCUGCUUGUGACCCUGUGAAUGGAACGUGCUCAUGUACAGAUGGAUGGGAUGGAGACACCUGCAAUGUGCCUUGCCCUGAUGGGUUUUACGGUCAAGAGUGUGGGUCAGAGUGCAGAUGUGUGAAUAAUGCAACGUGUGACCAUGUCACAGGGACAUGUCUCUGCUUUCCAGGGUGGUGGGGAGAUUUCUGCGACAUCCCUUGUCCGAAUGGUACCUAUGGAGACGGAUGUUCGCAUAGGUGCUCAUGUUUGCAUGGUGUCGGCUGCGAUCACGUGGAUGGUGGGUGUGUGUGUCUGCCUGGCUGGACUGGUAAAUUCUGCCACAAGAGAUGCCAGCAAGGUUUUUACGGUCCACACUGUAUGGACAGAUGCGAGUGCCAGAAUGGAGGGCUGUGUGAUGCUGUUUAUGGAAAGUGCACGUGUCUACCUGGAUGGGUUGGAGAUCAAUGCCACGAUCCGUGUAGAGACGGGUUCCACGGGAUACAAUGCCUGGACGGAUGUCUCUGCGAGAAUGGCGCCUCGUGUGACAAAAGAGAUGGGUCGUGUUCCUGUACUCCUGGCUGGCGUGGUCCGUUUUGCUCCGAUCAGUGCAUCGAUGGAACUUAUGGUGAAAGCUGCUCUUCAGCAUGCCGGUGUGAGAACGGUGCAUCUUGCGACCAGGUGAUUGGUACAUGCACAUGUGGGCCAGGUUGGACCGGUCAGUUUUGUGAAGAGCAAUGUCUGCCAGGUUUUUUUGGCCAGAACUGCGAAGAGGUCUGCCCGUGUUUGAACAAUGCCUCUUGCAACCCAGUUGAUGGUACUUGUAGUUGUGCUGCCGGAUGGUUUGGAGCCCACUGUAGGUGGCCUUGUAGUGAGGGGUAUUUUGGGGAGUAUUGUCUUCAGCGAUGUCAGUGUCAGCAUGGUGGAACCUGCGAUCCGGCUUCUGGUGAGUGCACGUGUCCAGCUGGUUUGACUGGUUCUGUGUGUGAAACUACCUGUUCGGAAGGACAGUUUGGAGUAGGUUGUAGUGAAGUUUGCAACUGUAGCAACAACGCAACUUGUGACAGUAUUACGGGAUUUUGUGCAUGUGAAGUUGGCUGGAGCGGGGAUGCUUGUGACAAACCGUGCAGGUCUGGAUUAUUUGGGAGAAACUGUAGCAGAGAAUGUGAGUGCCAUAAUGAAGGAAUUUGUGAUCGCUUCAGUGGUUGUGUUUGUGCAGCAGGAUGGCAUGGUGAUACGUGCCAAGAAUCAUGCCCAGCUGGAACGUAUGGUGUACAAUGCGAGGGGGAGUGUCACUGUCAAAAUGGAGGCGUUUGUGAUGCAGUCAUGGGAUGCGUCUGCCGGUCGGGCUGGAUGGGUUCAUCAUGUGAUCAUCGGUGUCCCGAUGGGUUCUAUGGUAUCAACUGCCAGGAGGAAUGCUCGUGCCUGAAUGGGGGACACUGCCACGCGGAAUUCGGCUGCAUGUGCCCACCAGGAUGGCAGGGAAGGUACUGUAACAACACCUGCCCGCCCGGGUACUUCGGAGCCGGCUGCACGGUCGAGUGUUACUGUGAGGUCCACGGUGUUUGUGAUCGAAUCCUCGGCUGCGUGUGCGAGUCGGGGUGGGACGGACGUCACUGCGAGAGCCCAUGCACGGAGGGUCUCUACGGCGAGGGAUGCCAGAACCAGUGCCAUUGUGAAAACAACGCGACCUGCCACCAUGUGGACGGCUGCCUGUGUCCGAGCGGCUGGAGGGGGCCGCGGUGUAAUCACACUUGUCCUCCAGGGCAUUUUGGCGAGAACUGUUCCGAAACUUGCCGGUGUCGGAACGGUGGAACCUGUGAUCAUACUCACGGGUGCGUAUGUGCGACAGGUUGGAGUGGUGCGAACUGUGACGACCCUUGCCCGGCUGGGACAUUUGGCGAUGGGUGUGAGAUGGUGUGCCAGAUAUGUGAACACGAAAGCACGUGUCAUCACGUCGAUGGAGAGUGCGUCUGCAGCCCUGGUUUCCAUGGCAAUAGAUGUGAGCAUCCCUGUCCAGCCGGAACGUAUGGUUCCGGAUGUUCCCAUCGAUGUAGCUCAUGUUCCGGAAAUACUACUUGUGAUUCCGUUAGCGGAAAAUGCAAAUUAGCUGAAGGAACAAACCAUCCCGAGUCUGUCAGUGAGGCAGUCAUCACACAGAAUCUCCUCGAUGACGUCAUGGAGACGCCAUUGGUCAUGUAUGCUAUCAUCGCUGGUGGCGCCCUCGGCUUUGUCCUGCUGGUGAUUUUUGCGAUCAUGGCGACGCAGAGGUUAAAAUGCGGCCGCCAUGGAUCAUACAGGACAAUGGAGCGUCCCGGUGAGGUGUACACGGUGGAUAAGAAAGCGCAGGCAGUCGAUAUGAACAGUAAUAAUAUCAAAGUUUUCGAUUCGUCGAGCCUCGGUGGACGGUACAAGAGAAAGCGACCUACCUCGGAUCCACCCUGCGACCACGGCGAUGGUUACCCCGUCGAGUUCACUCUUUCCAGUCUACCGAGAAACCUUCGAGCCCUGCCGGCACCGACCAGGCGUCCCCAACCCCUCCCCCGGAGGUUCCCGGCCGUACGACCGACCCCUAGCCUCAACUCCAUGGAGAGGCCGUUCGUGGACAUCACGCCCCCGUCCUCCGUGCUGUCCGACCCCACGCCGCCAUGCUCCGUGACGAGUGAGGAGAGCCGGGAGGGCUCGGAAGCUGAGACGGCAUCCGUUCGCUCCUCUACGAUGUCUACCGUCACCGGUAGUAUGAUGAGUAGUAGCGAUAGUCAGUACACCGGUACGAGCUCAUCUACUGCAAGCCCUUAUGGUGACACGAGGUACUAUGUCAUCCCGGGAGGUCCGGGUGCAAAACGUAGGACCACGAACGGGGAAGUUUUAAUUUGAAACCGCUGAAGUUUGUCCCCCUUAAAAAGUAUGGAUUAUUCAGUACAAGGAUAUUGACAAUUAUGGGAGUGAACAUUUAGUUAUGAGCAAUGCCUUUGAUGUAAAAGUAGACUCAGACAAUGUAUGUACGUUGCUGUUUCCAGCUUUAGGACAUGAGAGAGUGGUCUGGGUUGCUUGGAAACUGAAGAGUGUUUUGAAGAACGGAAUAAAUAGUCGAUGAAAGUUUAGUGGUGAUAAUAAAAAAAUUGUAAGGCCUACACGGUUUGAUCAUUAUAAUCGUCUGGCUGCUAUGUAUAACAAGUUGUUAUACAUAGCAGCCAGACGAUUGUAUAAACCAUGCAGUGAGAUAAUUUAUAUCCAUCUGUGAGUUUUAAGAUGUUGUACGGUGGUGAGCGAUGACACAACAAAGUAAUAAUACAGAUUUAAUGGACCUUAUUAUACACAUGAUGCGUUUGGUGCCCUCGGCUAUAGAGGUUCAAAUAAAAGGAAAGUUGUUCAUUGGCCCAUCAUGCGCGCCUUUUUCGAAACCACGGCUUCGGCUUUGGAUUCGGCUUCAGGCCCCGUCCUCUCGUCUGAAACCCUGGGCGCGU